CGGCUGACCCCCCACCCUCCCGCCUCACUCGCUUGUAAACCCGUUUACCUGCGGUUGUCCCGCGUCUCACCGGACUGAGCUCGUCACAGCGCAUUUCUUCUCUGAUAGGAGGGCACCAACACUGCCUCCCUCCUUUCCUCCUCCUCCUCCCCAUCCUCUCCUCUCCGGUCGUGUUUACUCUAGGUGAGAUAGCCGUAUAAAUUCCUGAGUGUGCGCAGAUCUCAUCCUCAGAGGAGAAUGGAAAAGAGGGAGGAGGUAUAGGCGCAGGAAAACAAGCGAACCAAAGGGGAGCGUAGCUAUAGCUGUGUUUACAGAUCGUUAACGGGACAAACGCAGGAGAAAACGCAGACUGCCUGCCAUCCAGGGCGGAGAAACCUUAGUGGAUGCAGAGAGAGAGAGGAGGAGGAGGAGGAGGAGGAGGCUCGAGAAGAAGUGUGGAUGCUGAUUGUGCCGACAAAAUCCAGGAAGGGACAAUUAUUAGCUGGUUAAUAUAAGUAAUCAUAAAGUAUAAAGUGGAAUAAGCUUUUGCGCUCACCGGCGAUGGAGUUCAGCUGUCGACACUGAGGCUCCCAGUUCUCUAGUUGUUCUGAUGACCACAGUCACUGAUGGCGCUUGUUCACGAACCUCGUGCCCCCUCUCCUUCUCUGUCCGGCUUCAACACACCCCUCUCUGAUCCUCCAUCUUUUCGUCGUCUCGAUGCUGAAACACCCUGCACCCCAGAAAUGGACCUGACCCCGACCCAGUGCGUCCUUCGCAACGUCCUCUCCAUAGACACCGGAGGUGCUGUUGAGCCUGGGGAUGGAGGAGGAGAGGGUCAGAAAACUGGGCACAACCAGACGUCAGGCGAGGAACAUCAAGAGCACUUUGCCAACAGUGUCCUGAAGCUCCAUGAGCAUGAUGGGAGUCCUGGAAGGACAGAAGGAGAAGGCCAGGACCUGGACAGCAACGUGGUCAGGAGCCAGGCGGAUGACGCCAGGCUACAAUGCCAGUCUACCGGAGGGGGAGGGGGGUUUCUGGAGGGCUUGUUUGGUUGUCUGAGGCCUGUCUGGACUAUGAUUGGCAAAGCGUACUCCACAGAGCACAAACAUGACCUUGAUGAGACAUGGGAGGUCCCAUUUGAGGAGAUCUCUGACCUGCAGUGGGUGGGCAGUGGAGCCCAGGGUGCCGUCUUCCUGGGAAAACUGCACGGGCAGGAAGUGGCUGUCAAGAAAGUGCGGAACAUCAAAGAGACGGACAUCAAACACCUGCGCAAGCUCAAACAUCCCAACAUCAUCACUUUCAAAGGUAUUUGUACCCAGGCUCCAUGUUACUGCAUCAUCAUGGAGUACUGUGCCCAGGGACAGCUGUAUGAGGUGCUGAGAGCAGGCAGGAAGAUUCAGCCAUCCUUGCUCAUGGACUGGGCCAUGGGCAUCGCCGGGGGCAUGAACUAUCUUCAUCUCCACAAGAUCAUCCACAGAGACCUCAAGUCGCCCAACAUGCUAAUCACCUAUGAUGACUCUGUGAAGAUUUCUGAUUUCGGCACAUCCAAAGAGCUCAGUGACAAGAGCACCAAAAUGUCCUUUGCUGGUACGGUGGCCUGGAUGGCUCCGGAGGUCAUCCGCAACGAACCUGUCUCAGAGAAGGUGGAUAUUUGGUCCUUCGGCGUCGUGCUGUGGGAGAUGCUGACAGGAGAGGUGCCCUAUAAGGACGUGGACUCCUCUGCUAUCAUCUGGGGAGUGGGCAACAACAGUCUGCAGCUGCCCGUGCCUGAUAGCUGUCCCGACAGCUUCAAGCUGCUCCUGAGGCAAUGCUGGAACUGCAAACCAAGAAACAGGCCUUCCUUCCGGCAGAUCCUCCUGCAUCUGGAUAUCGCGUCAGCAGAUAUCCUAUCGACUCCACAGGAAACUUACUUUCAGUCUCAGGUGGAAUGGAGGGACGAGGUGAGACACCACUUUGAGAAGAUCAAGUCUGAGGGGACGUGUCUUCACAGGUUGGACGAGGAGCUGAUCAAACGACGAAGAGAAGAACUCAGACACGCGCUGGACAUCCGGGAGCACUACGAGAGGAAACUGGAAAGAGCCAACAAUCUCUAUAUGGAGCUCAACGCCAUCAUGCUGCAGCUGGAGAUCAAAGAGAAAGAACUGCAUAAGCGGGAGCAGUCACUGGACAAGAAGUACCCGGGCUGCUUUAAGCACCACAGCUCCAGACAGUCAGCCUCCUCCAACUCGAUGGAGAAACUCAUGAAGAAACGCAACGUGCCGCAGAAACUGCCCUCACACAGCAAGAGUUCUGCUCCUGUCCUUUUCAGGCCAGACCUACUGAAGUCAGAGGUCAUCCUACCCAAACUAGACUCUUCCAUGACCCAGGUCACAAUCCCCAACAAGGGUUCCACCUCACCAGGCCGCUCACGACGAGGAAAACCCCGCUACAGGAAGGCCGGUAAAGGUAGCACCGGGGACUUGGCUCAGCUGAAAGCCACUCUCUCCUCUUCAUUAGCCAUGGUCAACUCCACCACAUCUGUUCCUAGCAGCAAGCAGCGUCUGGACCCCAGUGCAGCCCUCAGGGGCCUGCAGCAUGAUCUGCUGCUGAAGAAAAUGUACUCUUCAAGCCCGGAUCUCAUUUCAACCACCUUGGAGGCUGAAGGCCGGAGGAAGGGGCAGGUCAGGCCAGGGUUGGACAGAGCGGGCAGCCAAAGCGCCUCAGCUGGGCUCGGAGAGAGUAGAAGGACUGGAGGGCAGGAGGAGGGGCCAGAUGUGGGUGUGGGGACUGAUGAUCUAGCGGAAACACCUCCACGCAGUGACACACCCAGUGAGGAUGCAGCUUCCAUUCCGUUCUCCAGUAGCCCUGACUCGCCGUGUGGCAGGGGAGCGACUGCAGGGAGGGCGUCUGUGCUCGGGAAUCCUCGUGUUUCCCACGAGGGCGAGGAGAAGGAGGACGGGACGGUGAUCACGCGCUCACCCAGAAGUCAACGCCUCACACCUGCAGCACUGCUCUACAGGGCAGCUGUCACACGCAGUCAGAGACGUGGAGUGUCAUCAGAGGAAGAAGAAGGAGAGGUAGACAGUGAAGUGGAGUUGCCAAGAAGAAGGCGUCCUGUGACCAUGACCAAGUGUCAGUCACUGUCCACCUUCAGCUCAGAGAACUUGUCGGUCUCGGACGGCGAGGAGGGAAACACCACCGACCAUUCCCACAGCGGCACGCCAGACGUGGUCAGCACCAACACAGACGAGCGUCUGGACGACAAGAGCGAUGACCUGCUGUCUCAGGGCUCGGAGAUUCCCGCCGACCCAUCUGACCCCACCCAGCUGGGCUCUGACGGGUUGUCUGAGAAGGAAGCUAUUCUUCGACAAGUCAAGACCCAACUUGCUAGUAAUGACCAUACUUACGAGGGCCUGUAUGAUGACUCUGACUGUGACAGUGCAGAGCUGGACCAUUCAGGCAGCGCAGAGCCCAGCCAACCUCCAAACAACUGGUGAAAAUCUGACACCUGAGCCCACUCGAACACUGGCAGAUCCAGUCUGUGAAUGCCUCUUUGAUUCAUACAGACCACAGAAUACAGAAAGUCCUUAUCAGGGACAUUGCAGAGAGGCAGGAAAUGAAGGCCAAUGUCCUUCAUCACAAGCAGGAACACAAAAGAAAUCCUUGGUGAGAGUUCUCAAAAAAUAUCCUGGAAAAUUCAACUAUUCCUUUAGAGAUGAAAGCGCCACAUUGAUGUGAAACUGAAAUGGGACAUUAGCCACACUGAAGGUUAACAGCAGCUCCAGUCCCUCCAUAGCCGCUGGCCCAAGAUGAGCUUUGCAAAAAACACUUCAAAUGACACCUCAGCGACAGAGGUCUCGGUCGGAGGCCACCUACUCGAUUGUCUUUUCUCAUCUCUGAAGUCAAUUUGUAUUUGUUUUUUCAUCGUCAUCAAAAUGUGUCAUGUUAUUUCACAUCAUGAAAUCCCAUCAGGGCUUUCAUUUUAUCUUAUUGUUUCCGUUGUCAACGUGACUGUGACAGCCACUGAUGUUGCUGCUUGCACUUAACUGAUGAAAUGUACAAUUUCCUCAUGAUCAUCGUGUCAUACUGGAUCUCCUCUCAAAACGUUAUGCACUGAAUAAUUUAUUGUUAUUUUACAAUAUGAAGUCAUCGAUCAAAAACAAUGUUUACAGUUGUCAUUUGUGUUUACAUUUUUUAUUUAUAUUUGUGUCAUAGAUUUUGUUUUCCUUUUCUACUCCUGUUUUAACAAAUGUAAAUAUGUGAUGUUGUAAAAUGAACAAAUUUUUUAAAAUGUGAGAUUAUAUAAUUUAAAGGUGCUGAUGUUUCUAAUUAGGUGGCGCUACUCUGUUUGAACCUCAAAAAAAAGCUUAUGGUAGUAGAAUGUACUGUAGCUGCUCUUCAUGUCUGAGCAUCAAAAUACAGAUAAAAGAGGAAAAGAGUGAACAAUGAAAAAGCAAUAUGUCUGCUCUGGUAUUGUUUGACCCUGUCACAGGUCAAAAGAACCACAGUUGAGUUCAUUCAGGGCAGACAGGCUUUUUUGUAGUAGUAUUGCAGUGUCUAUUGUAUUAAAAUGCAAUACCAGUUUGAAAAUCCCUUUGUGAGCAUCAGUGGGUGUAUAUAGCAUCAGAGGAGCAUGCUUGUGGAAGUGCAGACAGCCUAUUGAUUGCUGUUUGACUCAGAUCAAAAUGAAAUAGUAGAUCUAUCCACAAAUGAAAAUAAUGCAACAAAAUUAAGAUUGUAGGUUUCUGGCAGACAUUGAAAGACUCCAGUUUACUGACUGAAGGCAUGUGGUUGACAGGGACACAAACACCAAAAUAGAUCUUGGAACCACUGUAAAAUAAAAUUGCAUUUAUGGUUUUCUUCUCUGACCUAAUUCAAACUUUGCCAACAAUCUGGCUCACAUCAUAUGACAGAAAUUAUGUUGGGGUGGGGCUGGGUGACCGAAAACUUUAUACCUCAAAUUAUCAGCUUUUCUUGCCUACUUGUAAAAGGUUAACAUUUACAAAUCCAUUUUUUUACAGAAAGGUUAUUCACCACAUGAAAUUUUGUCCAAGUUAUUCACUAAUGCAGCUAGGCACCUUCAUAAUGGACAGUAUGAUACAUAAAACUCUGGUUUUCAUGUACUUGUGGCCCUUGACAAGCUUUCUUGUGUGCACAUGGAUCAAUCUGACUGUUCAACAGCACACCUUGUUUUAUUAAUUUAUGACUGAUCAGGUUCCAUUCAAUAAGCUAGAAAUGGCAGCUUGUUUUAGUAUUUUUUUUUAAACUGGUGUUAAGUUUUAACUUUAAGUUUCUCAAUAAUUUUAAAUCGAUUGCACCCCCAUGAUUUUAAGCAAGAAAUCCUCCAGCAGGAUGAAAAUGUUGCCAAAAGCAAACCUACUGCCCUCUAGUGUCUCGACCGUGGAGGUACUUAUGUUUCCCAUAAUGCUGACCAAAACAAUCCUGUAUGAACUGAAACGUUUGCUUUUUAUACUGCAUUAUUGUAACUGUACAAUAAAUAUAUUUAAGAAACAAUUUAAAAUAAAAUCAAACCAGUAAAAUCUCA